GGAUGCCUUCCUUUGUCUUUGCCUUUGCCUUUGCAUUCGGGAAAUCCCGCGCAUGUGGCAUGUGGCGGCAUGGCUUUUCGUCCCAACUGUCGAUAUCUAUUUGUGCCAUUGCGUGCUGAACCUUACCUUCUGUCCCGAGUUCAAUAAGCCAAGCCCACCACCCACUUGCAGGCUGCCAUUGCCCAACCAUGGCAGCCCUCAGGAAGCCAGCGACAAUUUGAAUAUGUUUCAGAACACUCUCCAGGACCUACCAGCGCAAAGCACGGACAAUAUCCAGAGAUGGAUCAUUGACAACUGGGCAGUCAGUCGGCUUGUCUACCAACCCUGUUUCCCCCAUUUAAACAAGGCAAAUGCACAGCCGGUAUUAAUGCCACACCAUCCUAUCAUCAGGUCUCGGCACAUAGCGCCGUGCGAAAGGAGUUGCCCACCAAUGCAAGUUACCAGGCGCUUGACAGGCUUAUACCGGUCUAGCUUCUAAAACAGACGAGCCGACCAAUUUGGGGUCCAUCUGCAUCGCGCUGCUGCUGGGGCCCUCAUGGGACCCCUAGCCUUUUUCCAUGCCUCUUGCCUCGGCCCGCAUGGCGCAUUGCGCGUGGAUCGGCAAACCCCAGCCGUGGAAAACUCCAUCGCCAAUGGAACACCACGCCUAGACCACACCACAACCGUAAUCCACAGGCCUUCUAUAUCUACUACCCGGACUGGGGAUCGCCUACUGACAAUGCAAGACUCCGCAUCGGUCCCGAAUUGACCAUGGGGAUUUUGAGAACUCUGACCACGAGGGCAAGGCAAAGGGCAAGGCAGAGGACUCCUUGCAGUACCUCGUAGGCUAUUAUCAUCCCACAAGACGCACUGGAUACCAAGCAGAGGGUGCGAGACCGUUUUCGACUUGUCUUAGGCCUGGACGGCGUUGUGAUUAAACGGGUGCACGGCAAUGCCCAACUCCAAUAUCAAGUUCUGGUUCUUCCCUUGCGGGGCCAACCUCGAGGCGCUCAAAGCCACCAAGGUCUGAAUAUUGACCUUGGAAACGUGUCCACAGCAAACAAGUACAAGCUCGCUCCUUGGCCGACUAUACAAGGCGCAGAUAAUCCAUAACGAAGAAUUGACCAAGAAACUGAUUGCACCGGCCAAAUUCCCGGCCAAAUAGUUAGCUCCGACGCAUAUCUCUCGACUUUGGCAUCCUCGUCAAGGCCGGCAUCCCGGUGGUCACCAAGCUCCAGUCACCGGCAGACUACUGUGCCCCGGGGCGGG